GGCCGCUACAUUUUAGACAUGCUUAUCUGGUACAGUGACAUAACUAACUGUAUUUGGACCCAGAAUCUUAGAGUAACAUGACAGCAAACUUCUCACGACACUAGUGCCUCUUCAGCACUUAGACUAACUUAUUUGAACGACAGGGUUCAACUGCAGAGGGAAUCUUUUCGGGUCCGUUUUGGAUACUUCACCACAGCGAGAGCAGACUUCGAUAUCAAGGACGGCAAUUUCAACACGGCGGCUUUUGACGCCCUCUUUCUUUUCGACUUGGUGGUCUUUCACUGCCAAACUUCUAUAAUAAAUCGUUCAAUAAAUCAGGAGCGAUGUCAUCAAAGCGCAAAAACACACCAACGAAAUUAGCGAAGGAUGACAUGUACGCUCACUCAAACUUGAGUGACGACGAACGGGAUACAGAUAGUCCAAUCGAAAGUGAUUCGGAGACAGAUUUGAGAACAAAUUUGAAAUUACACACAAUGAACAACUCCAUGGACCUCACGGACGAUCACGAACUGAGCGAGGCAGACAGUUUAGCCUCGGACAAACCAAAAAGUAAAAAACAACGAAUUUUACAAAGUGUUAUGAACGGGAAUGAAUCUGAAGACUCUGAUAUCUCAAAUAACAAUAAUAAACCUCACAGAAAAUCCAUGGACUCCGUUUUACACAAAUUGAACUUGAAGUUAGAAAGUCCGCAAAAGGCGUUGGACUCUAUAACCACUCCUGAGGAAUCUAUAGAAGAGAAAGAACGAAAGAUUUCGGAGAUGAUCGCACAUCUACAAAGUCUGAAGGAAUCGUUAGUUCCAAAAAGUAGUAAGAGCAGUGAUGCCUCCUCAGUGCAUGAAGACAUGGACACUGAAAUCCAUGGUACCUCUGGACCAAACGGCCACCAAUCAUGCGCCUCAUCUUCCAAAGCCUCAUCGCCAGCUCCAUUGAGCACGUCACCCCGCCUAACGUCUCCACCAUUGCUCCACCCGUCGCCACUGCCAUCGCCACACGCUGUCCUUGCCUCCCCGCACCACCAGGUGGCAGCAUGGAUGCGAGAAAUGUACACACCCAUCCCAGUCGACCAAGACGCACCACUAAAUCUGACCAAACCAAGAUCAGACCCAAAAUCACGCCACGAAAACAAGUCUUCCGGGAAAUCUAAGGACGGACAAACGGCGCCACCUCCAGCACAUUCUAAUCACCCUCGUAACGGCUUCCAUCCAACUGUUCCAUACGACCCGCAGACCGCCAAGUCCGCAUAUAGUAUCGUACCACCGUACGUUAAUAAUCCUUACACGGGCCUGCCGCUUCAGAUUCGACCUCCCACCAGUGUUCCAAUCGGCCCUCAUUCCACUGGGAAACCAUCCCCUGGUCCAUUGGACAAGGAUGACAGUGACCAGGACAGUCCAGGACAAUCUUUCCCCCACCGGGCAUUUAAUACUUCAGAUCUCAUGUCGUUACCCAUGAUGUACAGAUCGGGAAUCUCAGAAAAACUUGUCCAAGAAGCCAUGGUGCGUUCUCUCCCACCCCAUAGUCUGGCCGGUCCGCUUAUGUCACACGUUCCCAUGAUGUACACCCCCGUAUCGAUGUCACAGGCAGCACAGCUUACCCCACCUAUGAAGGAAUCACCGGAAAUGUCACCGGACGGCUCGGCGAAUGCAAGCUACAUGCAACAUUUACAAAUGGUAUCCGGUAAGAUGUUUGGUGCCAAAAUCAUCCGUGCCCACAAGGAGAAGCCGGACCCCCAAAAGCCCCACGUCAAGCGGCCGAUGAAUGCCUUCAUGGUGUGGGCCCGGGAGGAGAGGAGAAAAAUCUUAAAAGCAUGUCCAGAUAUGCACAAUUCAAACAUAAGUAAAAUAUUAGGAGCCAAAUGGAAGUCGAUGUCUAAUUCUGAGAAGCAGCCAUUUUACGAGGAGCAGUCGCGGUUGAGUAAGCUUCACAUGGAGAAGCAUCCGGACUAUAGGUACAGGCCACGACCGAAGCGUACAUGCAUUGUUGACGGCAAGAAGUUACGGAUCUCCGAAUACAAGAAUCUCAUGAGAAAUCGCCGAACAGAGACACCAAUGGGACCUCCGAGCUUCUGAAUGGACAGUCCUGUAACCAGCCACAAUGACCAAAGUUAGCUGUAGUAUAUUUCUGUUAGCGAUGGAGCAGGAGAGAUGCCCUAUGGAGUGACCAUCUUGGAUUUUCGCAUUUUGUGUCAAGUGAGAAUGGUGUACAUCUUUCCGAGAACUUGUAAGGGGGCUCUGUCAUCUUCCUUGGGCAUGGAACAACUGGAACAUUUAUCAGGGUGUCAUCUCGAUGUAUCAUCUGGAUGUGGAAACUGGUUGUGUAGAGUUCUUCAGCAUUGUCUUGACGAUGAAAAUCAGCUUCGUCUCGACAAUGAAACAACACCACGGUUGCUGUAGUCGUAGAAAUAGUGUCAUUUUUAUAGCGGUGACGAUUUAGACAUGUGCGCUGUCGACAGGCGGCCAUAAGGCGUGUACAUACAUACAUUUGACUAUUUAUAACAGUGCAUGAUAAAUUGAUCAGAGGGUUCAUUGUGUUUUUGAAGUCAGGACAUGACUAUACUUCCGUUGGCUGUGUACGCUUGACAAUUUAGUUAAAAACAUUCAGAGAUUUUAACGAGUGUGUUUACAAGGUGAUGCGCGCUGAUGUUAGCAGUGUGACACUGCAUAGUUGAGGUCUAGAUGAUAUGUAUAUUCAUUAUGGCUGCACCCUAUGUAGAGAUUGGAGUUGUCAGUAGAAAUCUUUUGGAGAAUUCGAAUUGGAGUUGUCAUUGAAAUUUUAUGACGAACUCUAAAUGGGGUGGUCAUUUGAAAUCUUCUACAGAACUCUAAUUAUAGAGUGGUCAUUUGAAAUCAUAUACCGAACUCUAAUUAGAGUGGUCAUUGGAAAUCUUAUAACGAACUCUAAUUAGAGUGGUCAUUUGAAAUCUUAUACAUAACUCUAAGUAGAGUGGUCAUUUGAAAUCUUAUACAGAACUCUAAUUAGAGUGGUCAUUGGAAAUCUAUGAAGAACUCUUAUUGGAGAAUGGUCUUUGGAAAUCUUAUGAGGAAUCUAAUUGGAGUUUUGUCAAUGGAAAUCUUAUGCAAAACUCUUAAUUGAAGUGGUUAUUAAUUUGGUUUCGUAUUUUCAAUCCUUUUCAAGAAGCUGUAAUUGGUUCAAGGAUAUAUCCUAUGUUUGAGGAAAUGAAUUUCUACUCUGGGUGCAACCAUUAUGUUGUUUUCAACACAUUCUGUCUAAAACGGACCAUGGCUACAAGGGGCCAGAUUAAUUAUGUUUUUACAAGCCAGGUGGCGUUACGUUUCCACCUGGCGUUAUCGCUUGCAGCUGUAAUAUUUAUGCUUUCAAGAAGGACGAAAAAAGUCCAUCUCUCAUGUAGGUUUGAGAGCGCACUCUGUAUUUAAGUACAAUUAGGAGUUAAAAUGUGCUAGUUAUUUUAACCUACUUGGGCUGAAUCUGUAAUUUGUAAUUAGUAGUGUAGAUAUUAGUAAUUCGAUGAUUGGUUGAAUGUCGACCAAAAUUUUUGGUAGUAUUUUAGAAUUGGUGGCUUCCAGAUGACGUGUGCCGUUUCGGAGCUUCCAGAAUUUACACGCACCCAGGGUGUUCAUAGUUAGUUGCUUCCAGGUUUCUCAGACAACGAACUCAAUUGACCUUUGGCCUGUCAAUUUGUGGUGUAGCCUGUUAAUAUGUUAGAUCAACCCUUUUAGAUCAGAUUGCCGUAAUCAGAUUCUGUAUACAAGGAAUUGGAUUUUUUGGUAAGAUUUGAACAUUCUUAUCAACUGAUGUUCCAGUGAAAUGAAACAAAGUGAAUACUGGAAAUUUGCAAAUAUAUCUGAUUUCAAUCUUCCUGGUCUUAAGGGCCAAUUGUAAUUAUUUGACCACCUGUACUUAAUUAUACACCCGGUUCUAUAAUUAUUUCUUUUUUUGUAAAAAAACACAACAACGAAUUGACGUUUUGAUAGAUUUUUAUGGGGAAGUUUCCCAAUUGUAGUAAUUUUGUGAUAAAAUAACUUUUGAGAAUUAGUUCAAUGUUAGAGUUGACUAUGAAGAGAUUUUAGAUGAAUUCUUCAUUCGAGCUCGUCGAUAUGAGAUAUCAUUGCAUCAUAUCAUGAUUUAAUUAAGUGUUAUUGAUUAGUGUAAUUAAUUGACUGUGUAAUUGACGAUUGAUUGGUCUAUUGUGUAAUUAUGGUUAUAAUUUAAGAUGUUGGUAGGAAGAAAUUGUCAGAUACGGUUGAUGUCUUUAAUGGAUUGAAAUUAAUGAAUUCAAAAUUGGGAGGGGACCGAGAAAUCCUUGUUAAAAAUAACUUUUAAAAUUGCCGCAUAUUAAAAGUGUAGCCUGUUCAAAAACACAAUUAUUAGUACAUGUACCAUCAUAAAGGCAUUGUAUCCCCAGGAUGAGGUGUUUGCCAUAAACUUCUCUAUUGACUUGGUAAUUUGAAUGAUUUUGUUUCAAAUAUCUGACGUUUGAAAAAAUUUCGAUUUCCAUUAAAGCCGACAGUCUUACCUGCUAGGUGUUGUGUAACAAACUUGUGAUGAGGGCACCAUGUUAAAUUUUACACGUUUAGAUUAUUUCUAGAAUUCUAGAGUCUGAAAUUGGUCACCGAAACUCGGGGGUCAAGCAAGAUAUGCGUCAUUCGAAAUCGUGAAAGUCGAGAAUCUGUAAUCCUGACAAGCUUUAGUGUGAUUAGUUGUGAUACCAAGGCACUGCCACUUGGAGGUUAAUUAAUUAAUUAGUAUUCACGUAAUCUUGCCAUUAACGAACAAAAUGCUAAUUAUUAGUAUUAAAGCAAUCAUGAAAAUGAAAAUUUGUGUAAAAUGUACAAAACUGUGUUGUAGUGGGCUGCUACUUCGGUCUGUCGCAUAUAUGACACGCCUCUUAAAUAUUGGCAAUAGUUUGUCUGAAUUUUUCUUUAUUUUGUUAGAUUUGCUCAUUUUUUCUGCGUAGAAUUUUCAUUUAUUUAUGUUUACUUUAUGCAGUUAUUAUAACGAUUGCGGACUUAGGAUCUGAUGCUAGGUGGCGUCACUGUAGCAGAUGCACUGAUGCUGUGUAGCACUUACAGAUUCUAGUAAUGAGCUUUAAAAUCAUGUUAUUGCACGCAUACUCAUGAAGCCUGCCGCAGAAGAAGGGGUCAGAGAGCGCUGUUUCCUUGGAAAUAUUAAAAUCAGAAAGAAUGAUCCACAAGUUAAAUUUAUGAAAAACUUUAAAAUAAAAUAUAAAUUUGGAAACUACUGUAUUAGACAAAAGUUCAAAAAUUGGUUUAAGUGGGCGUUCGUCAUUCGAAGGGGAAGAAAUCUCUGUGGCAGGCUUGCACUACUGUGGCACAAACAGCUUUGUACAUUGUCGCCAUCACGUGCAGCUGAUUCAAACGUUGUGAAAUCGCUCAGCAUGUUUCACCUCAACUAGUGCUUAUAUGACUGUACAUUUCGUACAAUGGUAGUAGACAUAUGUCGGUUCUUGUGAGAGUGAAACAUGCUGUUAUACCAUGACAAGUUCCCAACUUAAUGUAGGAACAUUAUGUUACUUCUUGUUGGCUCAAUUCACAUUUUAGUUUUUAUUUUGUAUUUUGUAUUUUAAUUUGUUUAUUUUAUGUUAGAUUGAUAUAGGAGACGUCAGGGAGGUGUCUUUCUUUUAUUUAAGAUUUGUUCUUUGUAAUUGGGAAAAAAAAAUACUGGGUGUCGGGGCGGUAAUUUAGCUAAUUUAGCUGCCACUGUCGGCAUGCGUCCACAAAAAAUAAGAUUGGUGUAGUAGCAAGUGCGGUCAGAAUCAGGCAAGAUUUACGACUUCCUUGAUUGACUGGACGUGGCUCAAAGUCUAACUGUUACAGUUUGUUAUCAACUCUGAACAUAACCCUCUCAUACCUCUCUGAAUGUCUCCUACCCAAGCCUGCUGUUAUUUUUGCUUCUAGUUCUUGCCAAUAUUGAGUGACGCUGGAUAUUCCCAGUUGAAAAAGUAGGGCACUUUGUAAAUAAGAUGGAAUAAAAUAAUAAGAAGUACGUCCUUUCUCCAAAUAAGCAACCAACACUUAAGACAGAGCAAGUACAUGUAUAAAGGUGUAGCGUGUAAAAAAAUAUCAACAUCAAAAAGCCCCAACAAAUCCUAAAAACAAAAUGAUAGUCCUUUCUUACAAAUUUCCCACAAAGAAAUCUGAGGGAAUACCAAUGAUUAUGACUCUUGUGAUUAAAAAGCCUUGUUUCUAUCAUAAGUAGGCCUAAUGUAGAUGUAGCAACUAGUUUGAUACGGUGACCAGGCCCCUAGAAAUCCUUUAAUUUGUGUCAGUACCAGUUAUAAGUCAUAUCAUCAUAAUUAUUUAUUCAGCAUGAUUUAGCCAGUUUCUUGCAAUCCGGGUAAAACACUUCUCCGCGACCGAUAUUUCAGUCGAAUGAUGUCAAGAUGCAAUUCAUGGCAUUACGUCAUUGCCAAGGGCGACACUGUAGAAAAUGCAGUCGACUGAAAAUAUCCCGUUAGAAAUGUAAAAACAUUUAUAUACCCGCAGGUAUGUCGCCAGCAGGUAGUGCCCGAUCUGCAUCAUCACAUCAUCGCCCCGUACCAGAAUGUUCCAAUUUUUCACAAUCCAGUUCAGAGCAUCUGGAUGGAAGAUCCCACCAAAAAACCUGACCAGCAGAACAGAAUCAUGAAUCAAUGCACGAAGUGAUGGUGAGGUCAUUUAAUGGAUAAGCAAGAAAUCCUGCCACCAAUCCAAUAAAUAUAGGACCAUUCCUUCAAACUUAGCAAUCAUAAGGACUGUAAAUAAUCUCUCAAAUUGCAUGUCGGCCAUAUACCCCUCAUAAAUAUUGAAAAUAUACCAAAAGAAUACCUAUAUAAUAUAAUGCAUGCUAGAUCAUUUUCAAUAAACAGCAAACUUUUGUGAAAUAUUAUCAUUUGGAUAAUGUUGUCUGGUUACUAGAAUUUGGUGAAAAUCAAACACACAAUCAAAUUUGACCAUAUCACGAGAUUGUGAAAUGAUUUUUGCCUAAUUAUUUUGACAAGGACAUAAGGUGUAUAACUUGUUACUGCAUUUAACUUAAAUGAUGUCUUAAUUUAUUCCCAAGGUUUUGUCCGAUUGCUUCCCUCCGCUUUUGGAGUUGAGAAUCUGCGGAUUGGUUACUAUAGUAAUUAAAUAAUAGGUAAAUUAAUUAAUUAGAUAAUUAUUGAAGCUUUAAUUAGAGACGCACACUCCUCUUGUUGGACCAAUUGUGACUACCAAGGUAUUGUAAUUAUUUUACUCAGCAAGUACAUCAGAGUACUAGAAGUUUUAUCAAUUUGGUUAGCUGGAUGUAACACUACAGGAUGUCCCAGAAAAUACAAGUCACCGUCAGAUCUAAAUUGUAUUGAGGCAAGGUAUUUCCAAUUUAAACAGCGAAACAUCUUACGUCUCCAUGUCUUAAAGGCCUGUCUUCACAUACCACACUCUUAUAUUUUACACCACAUUGCCUAUUAACAAAGGCAUUGUGGCGUGCUCGACAUGCAGCAUUAGAAGCUUAUGUGGGGCUAGGCCUUGACAGAUAUCUGGCCGUGAUGGAAAUGACUUUGCGUCUUUUCUUGGACACCCUGUGGUAUGAGUUCAGCACCAGAUCUUUUGUUAUUGUGAUAUCGUAAAGUUGAUAUAGAAAUGAUUUCUUCUGAAACUAAAACUUUGUUUUGAGUGUACUGUGAACCCAAAAAUAAAACGCCAGCAAAAAUUUGGCGGGGUUUUAUACAGUAUGAUGUCCUGUUGCAUGUUAUCCUGUUGAUAGGUUUCCCACAAUAGGAAAACACAGCGCCUACUCUUUGAGGGCUGAAUUAGGAGACUUAGGCUGACAGCUGUGCCCAUUGAUCAUGUCAACUUAUUUCACAAGAAGCUGCCAAUCCCAGCCUGGCAUUUAGUCCUUUAUUUUUAAUCCAGAUUCAUGUGCAAGGGUUAAAGUUGGAUGAUAACCUGUACUGUUGUUGAUAUCGGAUGUUACAGUGAAAGGUGACUGGGCUACUGAAAACAUGCUAAUAAUUCCUCUAAUAACUCUAUUGGUCCUUUAAGGGGCUAUAAAGCCAUUUAAGAAGAGGCUUGGUGUUUUCCUAGUGUAUUUAUUAUGAAUAUAGUUUAGUCGAAAGAGUUUAUUGUUCAGCUGCACUUCAAAGCACAUGACCUUAACCUGACCUUCUGCAACCUCAAAGCAAGUGACAAAUUUUCUGACUCCGAAAGUUUAUGUUUCUUUUGGCAAUUUUUGUGACUAAUUCCCAAUACCUGUAUAAUUCACAAAAAUGGUCUUGUUGGCAUUGAGACCCCCUCAAAAUGUUUGCAUGCCCCUUAAAUCAAACUUACUUGCUUGAUCGAAAUGACUAUGACUAUUUGUGAUUGUUUAACGGAGCAAAUGCCUCCGUGUACAAAUUCAGGCUGCACCAAAACAUCGUGAUUUUGUCGAUCACAAAAUCAGUGUCAUUGGAUGUUGUCAGAAUAAUGUGUCGUUCGAAAAUGUUUGAGGCCAAAAGUUCAUUUUAUUGAUUUUGGUAAGAUGAGUUCUCAUGAGUUUGUUAUUGAUUAGAAUGAUUGAUUAGAAAAAUUGGAUGUUAUCACUGGUCAAGAAGAAAUUAAAGUCUAUUACAAAUUUGAUGAAUUUCAAAAUUACUGUUUCAAUGUUUUCAGUUUUACCGAGUGUUGAGUUGAGUCAGACUUGUUUCAAAUUAAAGGAGGGGUGUAUCGCAUCAUAAUAAUGGGCCAGAAGUUAUCAAAUUAACUGAAGUUCUUGCAUAGAGCGCGGCAAUGGGAUGUGUCAUUAGAUGUCCACAAUCUGAUAACUGUUCUUGCACAAUUUUCUUGAGUGUAUCUGUCACCUCCUUUAAACAGUUACUCUAUCUGUCCCAUUCUCUGAACAGAAACUCUAUCUUCCUGGCCCCCUAAACAGUAACUCUGUGAUUAGUUAAUUCAAGUGCUGACCCGACCUUAUUUAGAUACACUCCUCCUUUAAGUGUUGAAUUAUUCUAUGAAAGGACAUGACCAAAGUUGUUUAAUCUGUUAAGAUUCUAGAUUUUGUUAAUAUCAUCAAGUAUAGAUUAAUCCAUACUUGAUAUCAUGGAUCAUUAAUUAAUGUAAAUCUGGGUGUCCAGUUAAAGUAUUAGAUUAACAAAUUAAAAUGUUAUGUAUAAACUUAAGGAAUUAUGUAUUUCAACUUCACCUGUUUUACACGAACUCUAAUAGAACUCCCUUGAAUUUUUGCGAUGAUGAGAUUAUUUGACAGCUAAGGAAUUGCCAGACUAGAUAAUGUUGGGACCAGUAUGAAGAAGUAAAUAAUCAAUAAGAGAUUGUAAUUUUAUUUUAAGGAAUUAUUUAUCAUAACAUAGGUAAGAAUUUCGUGCUUUUGAACCACUUAGUCCCUGCACCAAAUAUUGGUAACAUUUCUCUAUGAAAUGAUAAACAAUUUGACUUUCUGAUAAAUUGAGAUGAGACUAACAUUCUAUUCCGAGAGCGAUUUUUGAUACAAACCACUGGUUGAGGACAAUCAUAAAUGUAUUUGUAGCUCUGGCAUCACAUUCUUAACUGUAGCCAUAUAUUUCAUGUACAAUGUGUCGUUGUAUUUGGAAAUUUUAUAAAAAACUCUCGUUGUAAUAUGUGCUGUCAGAUUUAAUACGUCUUGGCGAUGUACCACAGACGUCUGAGUUGCUCGCCCCUCCUUCUGAGGUAAGAGUAUUAGAAAUGGAUACUGAAAAAUGUAAUGCAUUAUGCCCAAAAGUGUCUGGGCGCUUAAAUUUCCACCACCUGCAAGAUCAAGAAAAGAUCCAGUAAAGAGCAGUUUAUCAUCAAAUAAAACAGUAAAAUAAUCGUUAUCUAAAAAAAGCAGUUCUCUAUCAAAGUGCAGAAAUUGGCUUCAGCCACUAGUUAUUUGAUAUGUUUACAUCUAAGUGUGCUGUUUUCAGCUUGACCAACUAUAAAAGUAUCAACUAAAAAAAUGGACUGUUUCAUGUACAUCCCAAACUGUAUAGUCUGUUUCGAAUGUGUUCUUAUGUCUGCAUCCUCCUUUAACAGGUGUAUGAACUUAUUGUGCGUUUCCUCUGCCAAAGUUUCCAUGGAUGUGCGUCUCUGAAGAUUGCACUCUCUAUGUUGUAUCGGUCUAAUGACUCCUGUUUGAAUAGAGUAUGAUACGGUUAUGUAUAAGGCAGGAGAAUAAAAUUAAUAAAGUCAUUUUGUAAGAAGGAAA